CUUGUCUGACAACACGUUAAUAGCUAAAGAAGAAUCACAUGGUGCUGCAGACCUGCAGACGGCAGCACUGGAGCUCAGCGCGCCAGUCUCUCUCACUAUGGGGACCUGCUACUUUUUCAUACUUCUGUGUUCAUUGGGAUCAAUUCUGACCACUGCAUCAUGGCCGGAGAACCCUGGUGACCUUGAACUGGUCAGUUUUCUGCGAGGAAUCCUCAGCGAACUGGAGACUGGUCAAGAGAAGGCGCUGGACCCCUCGCAGCGUCUUGCAAAAGCCAACCCGGAGGGCCAGCGUGCGACUGGAGGACCUGUGGUGUUGACCAAAGAUGGGAAGUUACAGGGGGCCACGCUGGACAAGGCCCAUGUGUUUUACGGGAUCCCAUACGCAGACCCUCCUGUUGGGGCGUACCGCUGGAAGCCCCCCAGGCCUGUGACUCCAUGGUCUGGUCUUCGUGAUGCCACAUACCCCAAGCCAGCGUGUAUGCAGGCCUGCAGUGGACCAAUCGCUGCAGACUGUCCACAAAGCGUGAGUGAAGAUUGUCUCUAUCUGAACAUCUUCGUCCCACUGGACGUGGACUUCAGCGCUCCACUGCAAAAGCCCUUGCCGGUCAUGGUGUGGAUCCACGGUGGGGACUUCAUCGCUGGCACUGCAUCCAAGCCGCUGUACGAUGGUCGCUUCAUCAGUAACUUCACCAACACCAUUGUUGUCAGCAUGGAGUACCGGCUGGGUGCUUUUGGGUUCCUUGUGUCGGGAAAAGACGCAGCCACCUCAGCGACAGGAAACUACGGGAUUCUGGACCAACAGGCCGCUCUGCUUUGGGUUCAACGCAACAUUGCUGUGUUUGGAGGUGAUUCCAGCAAGGUGACAGUGUUUGGGGAAAGUGCCGGAGCUCAGUCAGUGAGCCUCCACCUGAUGAUCCAGAGCAGUAAACCUCUGUUCAAACAGGCCGUCCUACAGAGCCUGCCUUUCUCCAUCCCCCUCAAGAGCAGACACGACGCUGUGAAACUGGGGAAGGACUUCGCGAAACAGACCAACUGCACCAUCCGGGACUUUGUGUGUCUGCUGUCUCUGACUCCGCAGGCCGUCCUCUCCGCUCAGAUGAAAACAAGCUCCAAGAUCAUAAACCCGUUUCGGUUCUUGGAAGUGUUUGAGACGUGGGGUCCGUUCAUCGACGGGGAACUGAUCAAAGAAGCCGUCGUAACUGCUUUUGAGAAGGGAGACUGGCAGAGAGAGAAACCAGUGAUGCUGGGUACGACUUCAGAGGAGGGAGUGAUCUUUGCCUACGGGGUCUUCAACAAGCCCGUCUCAGCGGUGGAGGCCACUGUCUACAUAGCGGCCAUCUUCAAGCAACACGCGCUGAGCGUGCUCCACAAGUACAUGCCCCUGUACAGGGCCGCUGACCGCCGGGACAUGCUGGCGCAGAUUGUCACAGAUUUCGUCUUCCAGUGUCCCACCAGGAGGUCAGCUCGUGCCGGCAGAGCCACGGGAAGCAAGAUGUGGACCUACAUAUUCGACCACGUGCCCUCAGACCAUCGCAUCUGGUCCGGUUUGUCCUUCUGCGACCAGCAUGUGUGCCAUGGCGCAGAGCUGCCCUUUCUCUUCCACUCAGCAUCAGUGGCUAACUUCUCCAUGACCCAGGCCGAAAAACUUCUGUCCAAUCGGAUGCUGUGUUACUGGGGAGCCUUCUCUCACACGGGGGACCCGUCGUCCCGCGUCCACCAGACGACCUUCUGCAGACAGCAGCGUCUCCCGCUGUGGCCCUCUUAUUCUGACACCACGGGCUGGCUGGUGAUGAACCUAACGCUGCGUUCUCACGCUCAGGAGUGGACUCGGAAUCACAUGUGUGACUUCUGGGACAAGCUGGGAAUCUACUAGCACAGCUGGACUCAUUCUCUUCAUCCUUAGUUGUAGGCAGUUGCUGAGAUUUACAAGGAUUUUAUAAGGAUUUUUCAUGUUUCAUUUUUGAUAAAGUAUGCAGACUGUUUACAUUUUCAUGCCAUUCUGAACACAUCUGUUAUAGCAUUUGAAGUGUGAGUCUCAU